AUGCUUCGCAAUUGUGGCUGCUUUCAGCGGGCACGGCGCAGUUCCAGCUUCGAGGACUCGUCAUCCUGCCGGUCGUCGGAGAUUGAGCGGGGUGGCGAAAUGACGCCGCACAGUGGCAGCCUGCUGAAGCUGUUCACCUCCAAGGGUUGGUGCAGGCAGUGGCGCAAGAGUGGUCGCGGCAUGAGCAUGACCAAGAUCGAGCGAACAAUGAAGGCGGCCAUCCUUAUACAGCGUUGGUAUCGACGGUUUCUAGCCCGGAUCGAGAUUCGGCGGCGUUACACGUGGACCAUCUUCCAGAGUAUUGAAUAUGCGGGUGAACAAGACCAAGUACGGCUGUACAACUUUUUCAACGCACUACUUACGCACAUUCCAGAGACUGCCGGACGUCCGCUGGACUCGCAAAACACGUCGCGUUCGUCGUCCGCAGAGGCACUGAAUAUGAAAUUUUCCGACGAAUCGGACGAUCUAGCCGACGAGGGUAUUACCGGACCGGAGCGUGGCUAUCAGGGGCCGGAGAUCAAGUUCCCGCUCGACAAGAAAGAGCUGGAAGUGAUAAUCGAUCUGUUCCGGAAGAAGAAAAACCGACUGCACGCCAAGUACGUGGCCGGCAUACUGCGGGAGGCGACCUCGAAGUUGAAGCGUUUGCCCAACCUGAACCAGGCCUCUACCGCCAUCUCGAAGCAGGUUACGAUCUGCGGUGAUUUGCACGGCAAGCUGGACGAUCUGCUGGUCGUGUUCCAUAAGAACGGACUACCAUCGCCGGAAAACCCGUACGUAUUCAAUGGGGACUUUGUGGAUCGGGGUAAGAAAGGACUCGAGGUGCUGCUGUUGUUGCUCUGCACGUUUCUGGUGUUCCCGGGCGGUGUGUUCCUGAACCGAGGCAACCACGAGGACACGGUCAUGAACGCUCGGUACGGCUUUAUUCGGGAGGUGCAUCAGAAGUAUAAACACAACGCCGAAAGACUGCUGAAACUCAUCGACGAGGUGUACCGGUGGCUUCCGCUAGGGACGAUAGUUAACAACCGUGUGCUGGUCGUGCAUGGAGGCAUUUCCGACUCAACCGAUCUGGAUCUCAUCCGUAGCCUAGACCGUGGGAAGUAUAUCUCUCUAUUACGGCCGCCAAUCACCGAAAGUACCGCCCCGGGUGCCGAAAUCAUCGAUAAAGUGGAAUGGAAACAGGUGUUCGAUAUUUUGUGGAGCGAUCCGCAGCAUACCGAGGGCUGCCGGCCAAACUCGUUGCGAGGUGCGGGUACGUACUUCGGACCGGACGUAACAAGCAAGUUCCUACAGCGCUACAAGCUACAGUAUCUCGUCCGUUCGCACGAAUGCAAACCGGACGGGCACGAGAUCAUGCACGGCGGCAAGGUCAUUACCAUCUUUUCCGCCUCGAACUACUACGAAAUUGGAUCGAAUAAGGGUGCGUAUCUGAAGCUGGAUCCACAGCUAGACACACACUUUGUGAUGUACACGGCGGCCGCCUCUAAAACGAGGAAACUCACAUUCCGGCAGCGUGUCGGGCUGGUGGAAAGCUCAGCGCUGCGAGAAUUGGCAGCUAAGCUGCGCGAACGGCGAAUAGAGCUCGAGCGGGAGUUCAAAUCGCGUGAUGCGGAAAAUAAGGGUUUACUACCGCUUGCCAAGUGGUGUGAGGCCCUGGAGAGUGCCACCAACCUGGGAUUGCCGUGGCGGAUGCUGAAGGAUAAGCUGGCACCAGCCGAUAAUCCCACUGCCAGUACGGUCGCCACCAUCACGGAAGUCAGCUACCGGAAGACGCUGCAUCUACUCGACACGGACUCUUUCAAAUCAGCCCAGAACGGUACAACCUCGGUAGCGGAAUCGCUUUACAAGAACAAGAGCAGCCUGGAAGCCAUCUUUCGCAUCCUGGACAAGGACAACUCGGGCCAGAUCUCGCUGGAAGAGUUCGGUGAGGCGUGCGAGCUGCUGCGACGGCACUUUCCCCACAAUACCCACGAGCAGCUGCUCGACAUGUGUCGCAUGAUGGACAUCAACAAGGACGGGCUGGUCGAUCUGAACGAAUUCCUGGAAACGUUCCGGCUGUGCGAAAACGCUAAGGAGCAGCUGCUGAUGAGCCUGGAGGAGCGGGCGAACGCGGAAAGCAAUGGCAAUGGUACGGGCAGCGUGGAGCAGGUCAUCCACCUGACGUCCCAAGCGGUGGCAGCAACCACCCAGCCCGGUGAGCUUCCGGACCGGAAUGGGAACUGUGCAUCAAAGGCUGUGGAUCACGUCAAGUCGGACGGACGCCGGCGAAGUAAGAAGCGCGCCAGCGGCAAAAGAAGCGACGGACAGCAGAACGGAGUGCCGGAAGCGGACGAGGACUCGGACGACUACGAGGACUAUGAAGCGAACGAGCAGGCGGAAGAGACCAAGGAGAAGAGCGUCGGAGCAGUGAACGAGAAUUCUCCCAAAGGUCAACGCUGGGCGGAAGAGGUACGACCAAGGCCAAGGAUAGCAUUUGCGUAG